AUGUCUGGCAUCAAAGGAAAGAAGUGUGCGUUUGUGACACGAAGGCGGAUUCUCUGGGUUUUAUUGACCAACAUCAUACUGGUGCUGUACUGCUUGACGAACACAAGCCAACGAAAGAAUAGGGGCUCCCAACCAGGCACGUGUCCUCUCAGUGUGGCGAAGUUAUUGAAGACAAACGUGAGCAUGCCUUCUCAAAGCACAAAGUCAGAAGAGUGCUCCCCCAAAGUCAACAUCAUGUUCAUGAAGACCCAUAAAACCGCGAGUAGCACCAUACUCAACAUCCUCUUCAGAUUUGGAGAAAAGCACCACCUGAAAUUCGCCUUCCCUAAUGGGCGCAAUGACUUCUUCUACCCAUCACCGUUCCUGUGCUCCCAGGUGAAGGACUACAGGCCUGGAUACUGUUUCAACAUUCUUUGUAACCACAUGCGCUUUGACCACCACGAAGUCGCCACGCUCCUGCCUCCGGAUGCUGUGUACAUCACCAUCUUACGAGACCCGGUGGCUCUCUUUGAGUCGUCCUUCGAUUAUUAUCACAGUGUAGUUCCUCUCACCUGGAGGAUCGAUGGAGAAAACAAACUGGCAAAGUUUCUAAACAAUCCUCAGAGUUUCUACAGCAGCAGCGCAUUCAACUCAUUCUACCUGAAAAAUCUGCUCUUUUUUGACUUUGGUUUGGACAACAACCUCGAGGCGGAUGAUCCUCGUGUAAUGAGUGACAUUCAGAACUUAUCCAAACAUUUUCAUCUCGUGCUUUUCGCAGAAUAUUUUGACGAGUCUCUUGUCCUGCUUAAAGACACGCUGUGUUGGACCACGGAGGACAUCCUGUAUUUUAAAAUCAACGCUCGCAGGAGCUCAUCUGUAUCUCAUCUGACCCCCGAGUUGAGAGCCAAAGCUUUACAGUGGAACGGGGCUGACUGGAGACUCUACCAGCACUUCAAUGCUAGCUUCUGGGCCAGAGUAGAGGUGUACGGGGGAGACAGAAUGGAACAGGAGGUUAAGGAGCUGAGGAGAAGGAAUUCUGAGAUGCAGGACAUCUGUAUCGAGGAUGGAGGGGCAGUCGAGGCCCGAAAGAUUCAAGACAGACGUUUCCAGCCCUGGCAGCCACUUGGAGAGUCUUCCAUCCUGGGGUACAACAUGAAGACAAAUAUUGAUCCGAAAUUCAGGACAAUCUGUGAGAAAAUGCUCACACCUGAAAUACAAUACUUGUCAGACCUGGGCGUAAGCCUGUGGCUUACUAGACUAUGGGGUUGGUUAAAAGAUGCUGUUUUUACUGUUUGACUUAGAUUUAAACAUUUAAUUAGCAAUGUAUCCUGAAACACGUGUUUUGCAAAUUGUUCAG